AUGGCAGCACCAGCAGCACACGCCGGUUACCUGAACCAGGGCAAGUUCAACAUGAACACGAUCCUCUCUGACAAGCACGACGAUGUCCUUGCCGCACAAGGUGUCGGCUUCAUCAAACGCAAGGCCAUCGGUAUGGUCACAGUCAGUGUCACCAACACCGUCAAACAAGUCGACGGCGUCACCGUGAUUGAAUCUGCGUCUCAAGCCGCCAAUAUCCCCGGUGCGAAAGAGGAGAUUUGGCUGGACAACAAGCCGCAUGCUGCGAACCAUGAGAUUUACGGACACAUGCUGACGACCUCUACAACGAAGAAGCCAGAGGAAAUCACAGACGCGUGGCUCAAGGCAGACUGGUUGCCAGAGUCCUUUGAUGCGGAGGGCAAAUUGCUCUAUAUCCACUCAGAAUCCGACCCUACCGCCAACAAGAACAAGUGGACGGCUGAUGUGGUCUCUGGAUACUGCAACUUGGAGAUUGACGGUACUACGCAGAAGCGAUGGGUGAGGAAGAAUGCCUUCAAGUGCACGUCGAAGCCCCUGGAGCGCAAUGUGCGUCUUGUGUACGACUAUGUUGGCGAGAAGUAG